AAAUUGCAUAAAUAAUGGAACAAAUAGAUACAGUGAGCAAGGUUGUGGAUGAAGCAUACGAGGAGAGCAAAAUUAGACAAAAACAGCGUGGUGUCUACUUAUUAAAAACGACUGCAUCUUCAAAUGAUGAACAGAUACAAGCCGAAACUUCACUUGGGACAAAGGAAUUGACAUUGGCUGUUGUUCAUGAAAAUGAAAUUCCACAAGAAACUCAGGCUUACCAGUUUGACAAUCCGGUAUUUGACAACAAAGACGUAAGAACUGGACAUGGACGAAUGUCUUUUGCUGACGUUGUCAUGGAAAUCAUGCCGGAACCAAUUAAAGGGGGCAUCCAUCCCUUUGGGCGUAGCUCAUUUUACCGCGCCUCAUUGGGCGGAGAACAGUCAGAAAUCCACAGAGAGGAAGGAACGCUGUUUCUAUGGGCCUUGGUUACCAUUAUCGUGCUUGGAGUAGCAGUUGGUAUAAUAGUGAUGUCGCAAAUGUAUCAAGCCAAAAAGCAUAAUCACAGUUCAUCAGUUGAUUCUUCUACGAACUGGAAUGCAACAGAGUACUGAAAAUGAGCUAUAAUUCAUUAAAAUUCAGAGUAUAUUACAAAACUAGGAUGGGUACUUGUAAAGUCGAAAGUUAGGUGAGAGUCAAGUUGCUAUAAACUACGCAAAUUGUUCAGUCUGAUACAACGUAUGAAACCAGGAGAAAAUAGUUUUUAGUGCAGACUACCUCUGUAUGUAUAUGAAUUCUGCUGGAUCGGAGUAUAUUUCACAGAAUGAACACCAAACUCAUCACCAAUCAUGGAAAAUUGAAAUUAUAUUUGCAUUAUACAAUAGUCAAAGAUAAUUUAUAAACAUAUAAACGUUCUCUUUCGAUGCAAUGUUAAUAAUUCUGUCUUGAUACUUCUAAUAAUUCUAUGCAUUGCAUAGAUAUACAUAUUAUUUACGAGUAUAUGUUAUUUUGAUUAGUGAAAAAGGGAGUUUCCCACAAUUUUAUACCGAACGAUGAAAAGUUCAACGUUAUGCUAUCUUCUUGACCUUGAAUAUACCUUGUUUGAUGGACAUUUUUCAGUGGGACAAGUCGCUAUGGCGACAUGUCGCUAUGAUUGUAACUCAUGCGUGUAUUAUUUUUGACAUGACAUUGAAUUUCAUCAGUCUUUGUGCAGGUGAUUUUUCUUCUUGUCUCAUACAGAAUUGAAACCCUGACAAAAAGUCUUCAUGUGUCAGUAGUGGUUCAGUAAAGGAAUAUUAUCACCUUUCAUAUAGCCCAGUUUUGUUAAAGCUAUCUGGUGGCAAAGAUGAGUUAAGGUUCUACAAUAUACAUAAGAACAAAGUUAUUUCAAAACUGCUAGACAAUUGCAAAGUACAUUUACAUAUGGCUCCCUAAGCAUAGUAAUCCAACACCUGAAUUAAAGCUUUGACUGUAUGCCAUAAGGUGUGCCUAUGGAUUUCAAUAUUUGUAAUAAAAAUUACUAAAGAAUGCAACAUUAGAAAAUUU